AUGGAGAAACACUCCAUGCGUCACCUGCUGUGGGCUGCACUGUUCCUGUUGUACUGCAGCUGCGGGUGUUUGGCUGCUGUUGUGCAGCAGUUACCACAGAAAGGACAGAAUGCUCUACAGGCGUACACCGUCUCUGCUCCUACUGAGGAAUGGCAGCCCAUCCGCAUUGCUGUGUAUACAAAACUUCUUGAGGAUAUCAUAAAGUACUGUAAAAAUGGAUCCGAUGAAGAAGACGAAGAAGAAGAACUUGGAGUGUUUGACGAUAUCUGCGAUGGAGGUGAUCAUGAAAAAAUGACACCGCAAAAAAAGGGUAUUCUUUUUAAGGAUAUCUUGCCCAAAGCCAUCAAAUUGCACACAGAUCGCCUUAAAGUGAAACGGGUGGGAAAAAGUCUAAAUAUCAGAAGCAAAGAACUUUAUUCUAUUUCAGAAAAGUGCAGUGCCAUUAAGGAAAAUCCCUUGGAUCAUAAAGCGCAUGAAACUCUUGAUGUUGAUUUUAUAAUUUAUGUGGCUCUCUCAACCAAACCCCAAAAUGUUGAGAUUUGCAGUAAAGAUGAAGAAAACCGACCAACGUCUGCCGUCAUCAGCUUUAUCCCAGAUGAGAUAAAAGCAACACGGAAGUAUAUUCGCUUAACUGCACAUGAGAUUGCGCAUGGACUUGGAUUUGACUAUGAAGUUAUGGAAACACAGGGAAUGAUAGAACCCCGCAAAAAUGGUCUCUUAUCUCCAGGAGGUAAAUACGGUGGAGAAGAAUUCUAUAUGAAUUCCUCUGAAACUCUUGAAAUACUCAAGAGGCUUUACGAAUGUAAAGAUGGUGAAAAGAAUAAACUAGAGGGUUUGUAUUUGGAAAACGAACAAAAUAAUGGUUUACCCCCGCACUGGGAGAGGCGUAUUGCGAAGGAUGAGUUGAUGAGUACGUACAGUGAUGCCUUUGGCACUACUGGCAUGUACUACAGUGCACUGACACUUGCAGCAUUUCAUUCCAUGCCCUUCUACAGCGCAAAUUUC